UUUGACAGAGUUGACACACACUCUGAUGAUACCUCUGGAACAGUACAUUAGCAGUUUGAUGCCCUUACAGAAACAACUCAACCCCUUCAGACAGCCUCCCUUACUGCAGCAGUUCCAACAGGAAGCUUUUAUUAACUCCCUCAACGACUCAAACUUCAAGAGCGCAGAGCUGAAAGGACUGCGAGGGAGUUGGAAGGAGCUUUACAGAAAGUUUAUAAAAUCUCCCAACUUUGAGCUGUGGUUUCAGAGCAAACGAACUGAGGCUAACCAGAGGUUGGAGUUGUUACACGUUCAGCAGCUUAGUGAGGCGGAUCUGUACAGCUGGAAGACUGAUAGACACGAAGUUGAGAUAGUGGAUAUGUUACUUUGGAUACGAGACAGGCACGAUGCGUUGCAGAGACUUGGCAGUAACCCAGAAUUACAAGACCACCUAAAGAAUCACAUUGAUACACUACUGGAGGUUGUGCCUGCUGACUUACAGAGCACACUCAAGCCUGCAUUUAACUUAUAGCCGGACACUUGGCUGUUUGCAGUGGCCAUACACACAAAUGACAACUAUUUAAAUAUCAGCUUUCAUCAAAGACUAAUUUUAACGCCACCUUCACCCGAUAACGCCGUUUAGUUGAAGUAUUUCGUGUUUUGUAUCGUUUUAUUUGUAUUGAAUCUCCUGAUAUAGAGUUCCCAGAGUUGUUUUUGCGGACGCUUUGUAAUGUUUUAUGUGGAUAUGCUGGGGUGCUAUGCUACCGAUACAAUCUGCAUGUGUUAUUUUAAUCAAUCAUGGGGUAUACUAGAGUAUUGUUCCUCUGUAUUCUUUUUUAUAUAAUUGUUGAUAUUUUGUUCA